AUGCGUUCCUUGCUCCAUUAUGACAAAAGAAGCGCCAACAUGAGAGGAAGAGGGAGGUCGAAGUCUCGAAGAAUGCCGGGAGCGGAUCAUUGUCGACGCCCAGCCUACCAUGUCAGUACCUUUGUCCUGGAACUCAUACUGCUUUGCAUAACACAUUCUUGUCCGCAAAACCGCAACAAAAUAGACGAGUCAAGAUCCAACGACAUGGGACCAAUCACCGAGCAGCAACCCAAUCGAGUGCUGACUACAGCUUACGCAUGCCAGCACGCCAUUAUUCGUAAUCGCAUCACGACGGAUUCGCCGCCGCAACUUCCUCUCAUUGGCAGCGCAGCUGCCAAUCUAGACACCGCGGCCACCGCCCGCGAAAAUCUAAAAAUUUCGCAGAAGUAA